UCAAAGGACAGGGAUAGGACAGCUCCUUGCCCUCUUUUGGAUGUUUGGAUCUAUAACCUCCAGAAAUUCAAGCUGAAGUAGUUGGAGGUGGGAGAGGAAUGAGGAAUGCCUCCCUUUGACAACUGCCUGGGUUGGGUCUGCCAGCCAGAAACUGCCAGGAUAGCAGCAAGGAGACAUAGAGGAAAGAGCAAACAGUAACCACGUUGGACUCAGGCAGUCAUGGGUUUGAAUCCUGUCUCUGUCACCACCUAGCCUGAUGACAUUGGGCACAUCCUGAGCAUCCUGUACCUUAUCUGUAAAAUGGAAACAAUUAUGCCGACUUUUCAGGGUGGCUUUGAGGAUUAGAGACUAGCUCCUGACACACAGUAAGUAAUCGUAAAUGGGUGCUAUUAUGUGGCCCAACCCCUUGUUAUGGGACAGAACGUCUAACGGAUGGGUCAGAACCUGCGCCCUCCGGAUCUUAGAGGAUACAUAGGGCUCCCGCGGCCUCCUCCCUCUCGGAGGUGGGGACAAGGUGGAGGAAGGGCUGCAGGAGGAGGAGCUCAAGCAUCACGACCCGCCCUGUCCCGUCCAGUCUGGCCUGGGCGCCGCGGGAACGCUGUCCUAGCCGCCGCCACCCGAACAGCCUGUCCUGGUGCCCCGGCUCCCUGCCCCGCGCCCAGUCAUGACCCUGCGCCCGUCACUCCUCCCUCUCUAUAUGCUGCUGCUGCUGCUGCUGCUCAGUGCGGCGGUGUGCCGGACUGAGACUGGGUUCGAAACCGAAAGCCCCGUCCGGACCCUCCAAGUGGAGACGCUGGUCAAGCCCCCCGAACCAUGUGCGGAGCCCGCUGCUUUUGGAGACACGCUUCACAUACACUACACGGGCAGCUUGGUAGAUGGACGUAUUAUUGACACCUCCCUGACCAGAGACCCUCUGGUUAUAGAACUUGGCCAAAAGCAAGUGAUUCCAGGUCUGGAGCAGAGUCUUCUAGACAUGUGUGUGGGGUCUAGGUCAGUGGGACCCCUGAGGGCAUCCAAAGCCUCUGUGCCUCUUGCACUGUUGCUUUUGUUGGAGGAGUUGAGAGAGAAGCGAAGGGCAAUCAUUCCUUCUCACUUGGCCUAUGGAAAACGGGGAUUUCCACCAUCUGUCCCAGCGGAUGCAGUGGUGCAGUAUGACGUGGAGCUGAUAGCAUUGAUCCGAGCCAACUACUGGCUAAAGCUGGUGAAGGGCAUUUUGCCUCUAGUAGGGAUGGCCAUGGUGCCAGCCCUCCUGGGCCUCAUUGGGUAUCACCUAUACAGAAAGGCCAACAGACCGAAAGUCUCCAAAAAGAAGCUCAAGGAAGAGAAACGAAACAAGAGCAAAAAGAAAUAAUAAAUAAUACAUUAAAAAAAA